GGGUGCGGUUUCAUCCAGAGCUCCCCUUGUAGCAUAUAGAGAGACUGAAAUACAUCCACUGCAAUCGACGUACUGUUGGAUCUCGGACACAUGAGAGGAUAUUUCAUUCAAAAUCAAGCUUGUGUGUGUGUGUGUGUGUGGAGGAAGAAAAGGGCGUUGAGAAGAUUGGUGCUGCUUACAGGUACAGCAGGCUAAUGGAGAGGUUACAAUGUAACAGGUAACAAGAUGAAAGACACAGACGUCUAAUGGAUUCUUUGAUCAUCUGAAGCUCGAGGGAUGAAAGUGAAUGAAAUAAACAAGCAAGCAUUUCACCUGGACACGAAGAGAUCACCUGCAUCUCGUGUGUCUUUGUCUUAUAUAACCAGGAAAUACAGAUCGGGAUUAACACGUUUAAAGGCACACUAUCAACCAGAAAGGAUGCAACGUUAAACUUUGUUCCACUUCGUAUUGACAAACUUGAAAUGACACCUACUGACACGAGAUAUCAGGAUAAGCCCGCUGCACUGCUAAGGUCAUCCAAUUAGGAUUGAUCAAGAAAUGCUGCCUUUGAAACCCGAACAGAACAACUCAAGUAAUAAACCGAUGUCAAUCAUCCCACAUAAGCCAGAAUGACUUUGCCUUGACAUAGUCUUGACAAAAUGAGCAUUUGUAAAUUCUGACAGAUCAGCGUUUUAAAGAACAAAAAAACAUCUGUCCUUUCACUGUGUACGUAUAAAAAUGAAUAACAUGUUUACCAUAAAAGCAGAUGUCAUAUUUCACGCUGCGGAUCAUGAAGACUCAGAGCCAUCUAUUAUUACCAAAGGGAAUGACAAAGUUAUUCCAAGAGACGUUACUGCUUGUGUUUCCGAGACAGGAAUAGCACAAAGAUCCUGGGAAUCUGGAAGAGUACCGGAGACUGGAAAUCUGGGAAAACGUUCCUUAGGAACAGGAGACUAUCUGCAUGAUGGAAACUCCAGUGACAGUGGGUUUCAGGAUCAUAUUCAACCAGCGGAUGUUGCUGUAAAAAAUCUGAGUGAGUCCUCUGGCAAAAAUGGAGUAAAAGAGGAUGCAAAUGGAACUGCAGCUGACAGGCCUUUACUAAGCCUUGGAGCAGGAACCAGAGCAGAAAUGGCUAAAUCUUAUGUUUACGAGACUGAAGGAAUCAUGAGGAGUCCAAGCGUCAUUAGCUCUGUGUCCUCUCUUUCACAGGACUCGUUUUCUGACUCGAGGGAAAGCCGAUCGUUAGAACAAGCACUGGGUAAUAUGUGUUCAUUACAAGAAGGUGCACAUGUUCACUUUACACACGAGUCAGUACAUGACAUAAAGCACAGCGGUAAUGGGUUAACAAAUUCCAUUUCUGUUCGAGAGAACCCUGAUUUAGUUAUUGAAGUAGGCAGACAAAAGGUCCAAGUACAUAAAUCUGUUCUUGCUGAAAAAAGUGACUAUUUUAAAGCAAGGCUUUCUCGAGAUAUACUAAAAAUUAAAGGUGUGAGCUACAAGACGUUGUCCGUUCUGAUAGAUUAUGUUUACACCUCCAACAUGAAUGUGAACAAAGAUAACGUUGUGGAUGUUGUAACCGGGGCAAAAAUCUUACAGAUCCCUUGCGCGGUGCAGGCCGCAAUCGACGCCAUGUCUGCCCAGCUUACAACACAGAACUGCUACGAAAUUCUGACAAUCGCUAAAAAGCAGCGACUAAGUGAACUGAAGGAGACUGCUUACCGUUUUAUAAGCGACAACUUUUUGCAAGUGCUGAAAGAUCCCGCCGUUUAUGGCCGUCUUACGGGGUCCGAGCGUGACCUGGUUUUGAGGAACCGUAUGGAGGGACGCACAUGUUUAAUGGUCUCUGAGAUCAAUGAUGUUUUUGAGCGAGUGGGGAGCAGACCCCCAAGCAGGGGCAACAGCAGGCCUCAGAGCCCUCUCUCUACUGCCUCAUUUGAAGACAACCACAUGAUCUACUACUACAACGAGAAUACCAAGGAUUGGCACACACUGACCAUCAUGCCUGAGGAUAUUAAUACCAAAGGUUGUGGGAUCUGUUGUAUGUAUAAUUACUUGUUUGUCGCAGGUGGCAUCCGAGGAUUUGGUGAGAAAGGAAAAGCAUCAGACAAAGUGUUCUGCUACAAUCCCAUAACGGACCGCUGGAGCGAGAUCCGACCCAUGAACCAAGCAAGGUCACAACUCAAAUUAGUGUCCAUGGAUGGUUUCUUGUAUGCCAUUGGUGGAGAAUGUCUCUUCACUGUGGAGAAGUAUGACCCUCGUAUGGACCGUUGGACCACUGUGGCUCCGCUACCCAAAGGAGCGUUUGCAGUUGCCCAUGAGGCUACCACCUGCAAUGGAGAGCUGUACGUAUCAGGAGGAACACUCUUCUACCGCCUCUUGAAGUACGACCCCAAGAGGGACGAGUGGCAAGAAUGUCCGUACAACAACAGCAGGAAGAAAUCCACCGACAUGGUUGCGCUGAAGAGCUUCAUCUACAGGUUCGAUGUCAACCGUGAACAAGGCGUCAACGUAUUUAAGUACAACACCAUAGUCAAAAUGUGGCACGACUGUGCCUCCUAUCAGCAAGGGAGCCCACUGCCAUUCAGGUGCGCUGUCAUUGGAAGUCGCAUCUAUUGCGUCAACAAGACCCAGACUUUACAGUUCAUUGUGGAGGAAGAUGGGGCUCGAUUCGCAGACGAACCUCUGAAAGCUCCCAUGGAGGCUAAAGGAGUGUUAUUUCCAUUCGUUCUGACCUUACCAGACCGGAGUGAUCGAAAUGUCUGAGUAGGGAUCCUACUGAGAAAAGAACAUUUGUAAGCAGCAUGGUCAACUAUUACAAAAAGAAAGAAAGGAGUGUUUCUCGCCAAGUUAAUGCUCGUAACUGGAAUGUUUCUCUUCGCAUGGUGGACGCACAUCCAUGGGACGCCUUACAAUGACAGCUCUUUUCUUUUAAUAUUGUGGCACAGUUGCAUUUUAUAUGUAUGCAGUAUAUAACCUGGAUGCAUUUUUCCAUUUGUUUCGUGCACUUUUUGUACUUUAAAUGUUUGACAAAAAUGAUCCGGCAGCAAAAUCAAACAGAAAAAAAGCACAACUGAAAUAUAACUGCGAAUCAUAUAAAGCAGUCUAACUAUAAAGUUUAUCAAACUGGAGCUUACUGUAAUUUAAGUGAAUAUAGCACAAUAGUCUAACGAAAAUAUUUAGUUAACGUGGACCUUUGAGCACACGCCUUCGACUUGAAACAAAGCCAUCGAACAAGGAAAGCUUACUCUAACGUUAAACGCUAAUUCUGCACUUAUGAGCACAAAACGCUUAACUUCUCUUCAUUUGUCAGCACGGUUUGGGGGUAAGGAUACAAAUAUAUCAUAUGAGAGGAAGAUUUAAUUGCAUCUCCAAACUUUUAAUUAGAUACUAACGAGGGCAUGACAAACAGCAGGUGACCUGGAAAUCAGGCUAAUGAUUUAAAUCACAGGAAACUAAAACAAGCCUUAUUUAUCAGGGAUGGAAUCCCCAGGGACCACACGAUACAAUAUUAUCACGAAACCUAGGUCGAUUCAGUCUCUAUUGCCAUUUUAUAAUUAUCACAUUUUCAUAAAUAUCUAAAUUCAAUAUUUUCUUUUUUUCAGAUUCAAAAAAAAUUCUAAACAAACAUGACAAAUAAUUCACAAGGUGGGAAUAGUUUAGAGCACCACCUGUAGACUCAUAGAGAAACUGCAGAAUUCUACCACCUCAAUUGCACACAUAAAAUUGGGACCAAAAGUUUUGAGAAAGACACAAAUAGUAAUUUUCACAGAGUCUGCUGCUUCAGUGUUUUUCGAUCGUUUUUUUUUAAGUUGUAAGGAUGCUUUACACUUGACAUGACACAUGACAUGAUGAACUUGACAUGAUGGUUGCGCUUACCUUUUCUUCUCUUACAAGCUUUUUUCUGGAUGCCCCAAAUAAUCGGAAAGAGGAUUUAUCAGAGAAAAUUACUUUACCCAGUCCCCAGCAGUCCAAUCCCUGUAACCACUUAAAUAAUAUUAGUUUAUCCCUGAUGUUUUUCUUGGAGGAAACUGGCUUUCUUGCUGUCUUGCUUGAAAUGCAUGAAGGUGAGCUCUACCAUCAGUCCUGUGUCAUGCCAAUGGUAAAGCCUCCUAAAACCAUUUAUGUGCUUCUCAGCCAAGGUACUGGACUAAUUUACAAUUCUGCAUAAGAACACAUCCAUGAUUAAAGAAUGGUACUAAAACAUCCCCUGAAAACAACUUCACCAAACAAUCUAAGAACAGUUUGGUAACGAACAAUGUAUGUACCAGCAUGAUGGAGGACCUUGCCAUAAAGCAAAAUCUAUAAUGUCACAACGAUAAUAAUAAGUGUUUUGGGAAACAAAACAUAAAAAUUUUGGUUCGAUGGCCAGAAAACUCCCCAGACCUUAAUCACAUUGAGAACUUGUGGUCAAUCCUCAAGGGAGAAACAAAAACCCAAGCAUUCAUUCUGCAAGAAUGGCUUGUGGCCCACAGGUUGAUUGACAGCAUGCCUUGGUGAAUUGCAGAGGUCUUGAAAAAGAAGGGUCAACACUGCAAAUAGUGACUCCUUACAUAAGCUUAAUAUAAUUAGCAUGCUUGUAAUUAUAUUUCAGUAUACCAUAUUAACAUGUGACAAAAAGCUGUAAAACACUGAAGCAGAAGACUUUCUAAAGACUUUAGGCUAUGGCUGUAUAUAAAUUAAAAAAUAAUUUUAUGUGAAACGUGAAUUGCCACAUAAAAGAAUUGCGAUAGGUGACCCUAUUUUUUUUUAGGUGAACCUAUUAGUUUACUGAUUAUCAAAGGGUGUCUGGGGUCUACAUAGAUCUGUGAAGUAUAGAUUUGGGGUCCAUGUUUUUUUUUGUUUGAAAAAGAAAUUACACAUCAUUCGGAGUGCUGUUAUAUUUGUGUUUGCGUUCUCAAUGUUAUUAGCUUUGGUUUGAUUGACCACUUAACUCAAACAGAUUUUAUCAUAACCUCAACUCAAAUAUGUCAGCUAAUGGCAAAGUACAUGAAUGAAAUGGCCUGAGUAUUACCGUACACAUUUGUAUAAUGUGUAAUAUUUCAGUGGUUGGAGUUGGGUUAUUAAAUAACCACAUAUUUUACAGUUAAAGCAGUCUCUGGGUGCAAACACCUUAAGAACAACUGCCUUAGUCAGGAUCAUGCUGGAAAAAAGAAGCAAAAAAAUCUCUCGUAUUAAAUAAGUAAUAAAGCAACCGAAGCAUUGCCAAAGACAAGCAGGCUGAUUUUUUUGUUUUAAGGUUUGAAUAGGAAGCACAUUUUUUCUCAGCUUUGCAAAUAUAAUUUUUCUAUUUGAGAGAAAUAUGACACAGAGCACUCGAUAGGUGCUGAGCACAGAAUACUUUUAUCAUGAUAAAGGACUAAUCUAUAGAAUAAUCCCUUCCUAAAAGCCGCCUGUCAUUACUGAAUUCGUACAAGCAACAAUAUUUUGCACUUGACUUUCCAGUUUGCAAUAAGAUGCUAGUGUUAAUCUGGAGAUUAGUGAUGUGUGUGUGUGUGUGUGUGUGUGUGUGUGUGCGCGCGCGCUUGUGUGCUGCUAUCAUGGAAGCAAAAGCAAACUAAUCUCAAUCCCAAUCUGCUGCUGCAUUUUUGUGAAAUUUAUAAAAUACUGGAACACUAUUUGUAGUGUAAUUCUAAUUAUGUACAAUAAUUUAAUAACUAAAUUUGAUGCCGCGUUUGUCCGUACAUAAUAAUGCAUUAUGUUUCAAAUGUUGUGAAAUGGAGUCUUAUAACUCUGUGUCGCUAUGCUCUUAAUCGAUGUUUGAUUAUGAUUAUUAAAAAUAAAAGUAAGUAUUGUGCAA